UUUGGAAAAGACAAAAUGCCGCCGCCGCCGUUGGCAGACGGUCCAUCGGCAUCGCAAAUGCAGUCUCUCGGAGGAGAAUUCGCCAUCCGUGGGGAAGAUUUGCUCGCAUGGAACCCUGUAUUGGUGGACAACAUGGCGAAGAAGGGCAAGUCGUUCAAGAGCGGGUGGGUCGAGUACGUUGUGUGCCUACAUCAGAACAUGCUGUAUUACUACCGCGAUAUGCGCGAUAUCCCGAGCGGGUGCUUGUGCUUGGACGGGUGUGUCGUUGAAGCUGUCGAUCGCAUCUUCAAGAACAUGAGCCCCGGCGACUCGCAUAUCCUUGCGGAAGAGUGUGGGCCAUGCUUCAAGAUCACGUCGCGAAUGGGGCGGUCCCUACUCUUCCGCACCCGGAGCAAGGAGUCCCGCGUACAGUGGAUUCACAUGCUUCAAGACAUGUCCUACGAUACCCUCUACAUGCGGAUGCAGCAGGCUACCAAGGAACGACGCGAACUGUUGCAGCAAGUCCACGACACUAACGCCGCAGUCGCCGCGUUGCACAAAGAACUCGCAGUCGUUCGGGGGCAGUAUGAGGCCGCCCUAUUGGAAGCGGCAUCAUCUUCGCGGAGCAACAAGUCUGCCGUGCCGUCUCCACCGGCCAUUGUGCUUGACUCCCCCGAAGUUGCCGCUGCCGUUGGAACUGCAAAGGCCGUUGUUGUGAAGCCUAUUGCUACCGCUGAUCCUUCCACCCGAGCCAGCAGCACCGGCAGCAUCGCGACUGUUCCAAAGGUUGACCCACCUCCACCCGCUCCCCGCUCUGCUCCUUCGAAUGCUCCACCGACUAUCGACGCGGAGGCACUGACGAAAAUGACGUCGGAGCUGGCGGGCAUUGCGCGCAACUUGCAGCAAUCGCUCUUUUCCCAGCCUUCCAUAUCGUCAACUGCGCCGCCAGCCGCCGCCACGGCUACAACAACGACCACAACAACGAAGGAAAGACCGGCAGACGAAAAAACCAAGGCUGCGUCGCACCGAAUGAUGAUGAGUGCCAUGGAAAAGAUCAUUUUCGAUCUGGAACUCGAAGACGAACUCCAUCGGACCCGCAUGCUUGCAGGCGGCAGGUCGUCGACCAAUCCGCAAACAAUUUCGUCGUCGGCGCCGCCGCUGUACCAGAGUUUUCUGACCAGCUCGUCCAACAUGGUACCCCAUCGCGACCCGCUCACGACCCCCAUCGUUUUGUUGGCGGAAUCGCCCUCGGCCUUUAGGCAACCGAAAGGCGAAGAUGGAGGAGACGACGCGGGGUGGUCGACACCAAAGCCUCAAGCCAAGGCCGCCCCGCCCGACUAUGCUGUCGACGAAUACGACGCGCGAUCGGAUGUGUCGUCGUUCUACCUGGGGGACAGACGUAAAAACAGCAUCAUCAGCGACAUGGACGUCCAGCGCGGCGAUACGUUGGCCUCGUUGCUCGUCCGCAGUGACAUGGUGGUCGUCACGGCGCUGUUAAACACGUGCCAGCGCAGCGACAAGAUGGCGCUGCUGUUCCCGCUGCUGCGUAUUUUUGGUAGCCGCAAUGCCCUCUUCAUGCUCAUGCAGUGGAGCAUUGACAUGGAGGUGCAGAGCGCCCUGUCGCUCGCGACGUUGUUCCGGUCCGACGACUACUCUAGCCGGUUGCUAUCCACCUACGCGAAAGCUGUGGGUUUGCGAUUCAUCCACACCGCGCUCGCCGACCACAUUCGCGCGCUGUGCACGGACAAAACCAAGUACAGUUGCAGCGACUUUGAGCUCAACAUUAUCAAAGAUCCGUCGCUCAGCGACCCGGCCAAACUCCAGCGUAACGCAGACAACUUGAUGCAAGUGUGUCAGAAUAUUGUCGACUCGAUUUUGAACCACAUGGACGAACUCCCGCUCUCGUUUGUCCAUGUGUGCCGGUACCUCAAGGAGAAACUGAUCGAGCGGUUCCUGGACGCCGAAGACGACUACGAUGGGUCGUCGAGCCCGAUCAAGGCCAUCAUGGGCGGCUUCCUCUUCCUCCGGUUCAUCUGUCCCGCCAUCACGACGCCUCAUUCGUACGGGCUCUUGGACCAAAUCCCGGACGCGUCCAGCCGCCGCAUCCUCGUCCUUGUCACGAAACUCCUCUUCAACUGCUCCACCGACGUCGAGUUUGGCGUCAAGGAAGCGUAUAUGCGGUACGUCCCCCAUCCAUCGUGGUGCCUGUGCUCUUUCCGUGGAAAAAGGGUCAUUCGCAUGGCGGAGGGGUGUUGUGUGUGCCGCCCAGAUCAUUGUGGUCGAUUUGCUGAUUUUGUUGUGGGACAAUGCAUGUCACCGCCAUGGUGGAUUCAUGUACCAAAACCAGUGGGUUGUCGAGUGGUGUGGGGAGUGGACGUUGUUGCGCGUGCCACUUUCGUCUCUGGCCCAUGCGAACGCCACCCGCAACAGUUUCUACGAGCUUCUUUUUGCUCCGUUGUAUGCCAUGGCCCGUACGUUCCAUCGAAUGAACUUGGCAGCGUCUGCUUGGAUGUUUGACUGUUGGGGGAUUUCGCUUGGCUCCAUGCGGAUGGUGUACCAAACGGUUGUGUUGUCGACAGCAUCGUGAAUGGCUUCAUUGUCCAAAACGCACCGCGCAUGGCGUUUUUGUACACGCGACUGACGGCUAAGCGCGACGGCGAGAUCGAGCAGUGCUUCACGGCCGACGCGGACGGGAUUUUCACCCAAAUCUCGGCCGACCAGCUGUAUCAGGACCGCGACGAGAUUAUCGGGGCAAUGGGCAAGCAUGUGGACGAAGUCGUGGCCAAAGUCGCCGUAUCGUCCGAGCCGCUCGCGUCGCAGUUGCAGACCCUCAUGUCGGUGCCGCCGCAGCAGACGUCGACCGGUUCGUUGACUGUGGCCGACACGUCGCCCGAAGAAAAGCACCCAACGCUUCAAAAGUCCAAGGGCAGCAUCAUGAGUUUUUUCAAGAAAAACCCGAGUGUUACAAGUGUGCUAACGUAGAACGGACGGUCGACAUCGAGUGUGCCGUCGGUUCCUUCAGUCGGGCGAGCCUAACGUCAAUGUUGUUUUGUGUGCGAU